AUGAGCGUCCCUCCAAGCAAGUGGUCUUCUGAGACUUCGCUUAACCAAUUGCAUUCGCGCGACGAAUCCGAAUUACUCGAUGUCAUUGACCAGCUCCGCUUUCAAGGAGUUGGCCGAUUCUUAGGAGAGGACGGUUUGCCACAGCUCAUCGUCGCGGGAGACCAAAGUAGUGGAAAGAGCUCGGUUCUAGAAGCUCUGACGAGAGUUCGAUUUCCUAUUCGGAGCAAACAAUGUACCACAUUCGCGACCGAGUUGAAGCUUCGUCGAAGCACCACCUCUCGGAUCAGUACUCGAAUCAAGCCUGGACCAAACCGUACCGAGGAGGACAAGCAACGUUUAGCGCGAUUCAAGGAAUCCUGUUCAUCACCAGAACAAUUCCCUGAAUUGAUAGAUCUAGCGAGAGCCUGUAUGAAAGGUAUAGAUCGCGAGAGCUCGGAAACUUUCUUUGACGACAUUCUUCAAGUGGAGAUCUUUGGCCCAGAUCUCGCGCCUUUGACGGUUGUUGAUCUUCCUGGUAUCAUACAUUUCCACAACAACGACCAAGAAGUAUCCACGGUGUCGGAUCUCGUCCAAAAGUACAUGAGACACCGCAACAGUAUCAUCCUCGCUGUUGUAGCGGCGAGCAACGAUUAUAACAACCAAAUAAUCCUUAAGUAUGCAACACGAAUUGUUCCCGGUGGUGAAAGAGUUCUGGGCAUCAUAACGAAGCCAGACACUCUGACCCCGGACUCGGAUAGAGAGCUGGACUUUCUGAAUCUUGCUCGGAAUACCGAGAUCAAAUUUGAGCAUGGUUGGCACGUUGUCCGAAACUGGGAUUCAGAUACAAAAAACAGCACUUUUGAAGAGAGAGACCAGGUCGAGCAAGAUUUCUUUGAAAACAGUAGUUGGGCAGGCUUGCCUACUCUGAAUCCAGGUUUAGGAAUCAGCUCGUUACGGCAAAGACUAAGUGAGAUCCUCCUAGACCAUAUCCGUACGAUCUUGCCGUCUAUCCGGAAAAAGCUCAGCGAAGAUCGCGAGGAGAGCGAGGGAUUGCUAAGAAGACUUGGCUCGCCACGCGAAACGACCAGAGAACAACAAGAUUACCUAUCUAAUAUCAGCGAUGCGUUCUAUGAGCAUAUGCAAGAUGCUCUGGAUGGAAUAUAUCGCAGGAGCAAGUUUUUCAAUGGAGAACACAGGCGGCUGAGAGCUGUGAUACGGAAUCUCAAUGAAGAAUUUGCGAUUGAUAUGCUUCAAAAAGGUCAAAAGUGGUAUAUUCUACCUGAUGAUUUGGCAGAGGAUUCAACACCGAUCGCAAAGCUCCUCACUGGUCGAGCUUAUCUCAGAAGCAAAUUCCUUCAUGAAGUUGUGCUUCCCUUGGUUCGAAGCGAACGGGGCCAUGAGCUUCCCGGAGUCUUCAACCAUCUCUUGAUCGGGUCUUUGUUUCGUCGGCAAAUGGAGCCCUGGGAAAAUCUCGCCAAGGCUCACAUACAAAGGGUUUGGUUUGCCAUCAAUCGAUGUCUCGAAGAAGUCCUAGGACACAUCACGAAUGAGACAACAUGCAACAACUUGCUAAUGCAUGUCAUUGAUCCGGCUAUGAAGUCUCGGCAGCUCGAGGUCAUGAAAAAGCUUCAGGAGCUACUUCUCCCUCAUAGAGACUAUGAGCCGAUGAAUCUCGACCCGACCUUCUUCCUCAACGUUCAGACAGUUAACCCUCAGAAAGAAAAUUCUGGUUCGUUGGAUAAGAACAGUCGUACCUCACCUGAAGACCCUUCUAACCUCGGCCCCGACUCUGGAACGGUUGGGGCCAAUGACGGUCAUGGAAGUCUCUCCGAUCAGUAUGAAUGCUCGAACGCCCUGGAUGCGAUGCAGUCUUAUUAUAAGCCUGCCAUGAUCCAAUUCAUAAACAACGUAGCAUCAUUGGGCAUCGAACAGUGUCUCCUUGUCGGCCUUCCAAAGAUAUUCUCUUCCGCCACAGUACGGAAUAUGAAUGAUGAUAUACUAAUUGCUGUAGCGGCAGAAUCUCGAGCCAUAGUCACGGAGAGGAGCCGGUUGAGUAAGAAGUUGGAACUUUUGGAGACUGGUCUGGAAACCAUAAGAAGGUUCACACCACGUGGUAAGCACUCCGUUUCCUUCAAAUGCAUAGUACCGGUCCUAAGGUAA